UCUUUGGGCCUUCAGGUCACCGCCGUACCCAUGGAAGAAUUGACUAACAUAGUUAAUGGAAGACCUCAUCAAGGUGUGAUUCUUAAAACUUCUCUUCUUCCCAUGUGCUCCUUUGACGACAGCUUUUUUGUUAACCUUUCUACAUUCGAAAAUUCUUUACUCUCAUCCAAUGCUUCUCAUCACAGUCACACGGUCCUUUAUAUGGACCAAAUCAAAGAUAUUAUGAAUUAUGGCAGUAUACUGCGUUCUGCUUUCUUCCAUGGAAUAUACACGGUUUUGCUUUCUGCCUCUUCUACCGCCAUGCCUUCUGCCCUUAUCAGCAAGUUGAGUGCUGGUGCGAUGGAAGCUAUGCAGUUUUAUCGUAUCACAAAUUUUAAUUAUACUCUUGAAGUUCUUCGUGCUUUUGGAUUUAAGCUUAUCGGUACUAUUGCCUCCUGCAAUGUUGUUUCCUCAGUAGAUAAAAAAUAUUUCGCCAUGGACUUGCUAACCGAAAAGAUGGUCGGAGUUGAAUAUGAUUCUGCUGGAUUUAGACGCCUUCAACCUGUGUUAAUUGCUCUUGGAAGUGAAACCUCUGGCCUCAGCAAUGAGAUCUUAACGGCUUGUGAUUUAUUAAUUCGCAUACCAGGGGCUCUAGAUAGACUAGAUUCUGAAGAAAGCUUUACAAACGGUGGAGAUGUACAUAUGGAUCUUCCUAGUUCUGCCUCUAUCUCACCACUCGUAUCAUCCCUUAACGUCGCUGUUGCUUCGGGCAUUUUACUUCAUCAUCUGACUUCCCUGCGCUCUGAUCUUCGCUAUUGCUCUUCCUCAUAG